AUGUCUGCCGAAUUACAACAGUUGAUCUUGUUACAGAGUCAGCAAAUACACAGUCUGGUGGAAGCAAUCGCCAAACAAGCGGCUCAUCCACCAACACAAAAGGAACAUGCACAAGCAGCACCACCCUUCCGCGUGGAAGUCUAUCGACUACUUUGUAAGUUGUUCCCGGAAUCCAAGCCAGAAGCUUUAGACUAUGACUUGCCUGACCCGUCAUUAGAGACUUUGAUGAACAUCAUUGAAGCCCAAGAUACUUUUGACUAUGCUGAGUGUGAGUUAGAUCAGCCAUGUAUUUCUCAAAUUGCCUGUGCUAAGCAAGUUAUGUCACGCCCGCGGCCCCACCGGCAGAGUCAGACUGUAAACACUAGCCGGCCGCGUCAUGUUAAACACAUUCGUCAGCCGCGUGUGCAAAAUGAUAGACUUACGUCUUGCCCUAAGUGUGUUCUUGCUCAUCCUCGAAAGGACACAUCCAGACUGUGUUUGCGUAAACGCAAGAACAAUUCUAGUGCUGCCCAGCCCAUGGAUAUUCAUGUUAUUCAAAGCCAGCCCGCCCGGAAGGUCGCGUUUAAAGAUUCUUCCACGGUUAGUGUGGGUAAUAAACUUGUUCGCAAUAAGCCACCCACCCAGCCCUCUGCUAUGCGACCCAAGCGUAAUUCAAACGCUGUAAAACGUAAUGUACAGACUGCAAGUGAAGCGGGAGUUGUUGUUCCACCCGCCCAACCCACGAGUUGUCGUAAGCAGCGAACACGCGCUAAACGCGCUGAUUUUGUGUCUUCCGCCUCCACUGCACCGAUCCAGAGACAGUGUAAUAAACUCUUUGUGAAGCUACGCAUCCAGGAUAAGACCUUCAAUUUUCAAUUAGACACUGGUGCAGUUUAUCACGGUCGCCAUCGUUGGGAACGUGGUACCGUGAUAAGUGUCCAGGGUCGCGGUUUUUAUACUGUUCAAGGUGCUACUGGGGUGCACAGGAGGCAUCAGGACCAGUUGCGCCGCGCUGGCCGCCCGGAUUCUGCCGCUCGUUCUUUGUCCACAGAUUUGGUCCGCGGCGGGUUCCAGCCGCGCCUUCCGACUUCGCUGCCGCCCCCAGGGCAGCAGCAGCAGCCGUCGCCACGCCGACAGCCCGUCCCGUUGAUGCCUCCCGCGCAGCUUCAUACGGGAGCGCCCCGGGUGGUCGCUCCAGCGCCUGCGGUCCCUCUUCAGUCGCCGCCGCCUUCGGAGCUGAUGGACGUCGACCCCUCAGCCGGGCCGCCUUCCCAAGCGGUGGCUGUGCAGCCUGUCCUGCAGCCGCUUUCCUUGGGCACCCCCAAGGAGUCUGACACCGCAGCGCCUUGUCCGGCGCCCACUCAGCAGCCGUCGACGCAGCGUCAGGAGACGCUGCCUCUCUUCGUGGGUCCCGACGCCCCGUCGCGUCCAGUACCAGAAGCUGCACCCGUGGUCACAGGCGUGCACCCUGACCUCGGUUUUCAGUCGGUGUUUCCCGAGGCCCCGCGCAGCCAAUGCUGGGGUGCGGACCGGGGACUGCCACCGACAACAGUCUCUGCCCCGGUCUCUUCUGCUACGCCUGCGGCCUGA